CUGCAAACUCUCUCAACAACUUCACCUUUCUCCAAAAACCUGGUGCAGAACCAUAAAAUACCGGCAAGAUGAUGGAAUACUUCGCCUACAAGAAGGUCAAGAAGCACCAAGCAGAGAAGAAAGUUGCAGCAGGCCAGCAAUCACCACUCCUCGAUGAGAAAGACGAGCACUUUCUUCGUCGUGUAAUCUCGGCAGAGGGCACACCUCCUCCACUACCUGCGAGACCCCACGAUCUGACAGAGGCUGGAGAUUUCUCGGGAAAUGCGUCGCAGAUGGUGGUUCAUGAUGGGAAUACAGUAGCUGAGGAGGAACACAGCCGGGCUUCGAGAGACAAAGGAAAGGGCAAGGAGAAGGAGAAUGUGGAGACCGAGGCCAAAAAGCCUGGGAGAUUUUCAUUUUUGUCUAGAGUUGGGACUAAGAAGCAUAAGGACAAAGAUGGACUGAAACCCAACCCAGAAGUCGUGACACCAAAUGAAGCCGCAGCCGAAGAAAACGACAUAAACAAAGUUCUUGAGGACCUCAACCUUUCCGCGAUCAACAACCGCGCCUUCUCCAUCUCCGACGAGUCUCAGCAAGUCCUCCAGAAAUUUACAGUGAUCCUGAAGGAUCUCGUGAACGGCGUCCCAACAGCAUACGAUGAUCUCGUCGGCUUACUCGACGAUUCGCAAGGAACAUUGGCAAAGAGCUAUGAUCAUCUACCUAGUUUCUUGCAGAAACUCGUCACUCAGUUGCCGGAUAAGUUGACGAAGAACUUGGCACCUGAACUAUUGGCCGUGGCAACUGAAGCACAAGCUUUCAAUACUGCAUCGGCAGCCGCUGGUGGUGGUGAGGCUGCAGCAGGAGGUGCUGCGGGACUUGGUGCCGCAGCGAUGAAGUUCCUCAAGCCCACAAGUUUGAAGGAUCUGGUGACGAAGCCAGGAGCAGUGGUAUCCAUGCUGAAAGCUAUCAUGAAUACACUGAAGCUCCGAUGGCCAGCGUUCAUGGGUACAAAUGUCUUGCUUAGUCUUGGACUCUUUGUGCUCCUCUUCGUGUUCUGGUACUGCCACAAGCGUGGUCGCGAAGUCCGUCUCGAGCGCGAGGCAAAGGUAGAUAGCGAAGGUCGCAUCAUCGAACUCGAAGACGACGUGAUGCUCCCAGAAUCCAACGGCGAACCAAGCUCAAGCCACCACCGUCCUAGCAGCUCCCGCAGGAUCACUGAGCGAGAGCGUGAACACGGAUCAAGCCGAGAGCACAGAUCUAACCCAUCAAGCCACGAGCGAGAGCGAGACCGCGAACAUAGAUCAAGCCGCGAGAACCGAUCUAGACAGUCCAGUCGUGAGCGUGAGCGCGAUAGAGAACAUCGCCACGAGCGCCGGGAGAGGGAUCGAGAGCAUGAUAGGGAGAGAGAUCAUGUGGAGAGAAGGCCGACUAGUAAAAGGAGCGAGGAGAAGGAAUCCAGGAGGAGAGAUCGGGACAGGUAGGUCGAGAGGGAGCGGCGAUGAAAUGACGAUACGUGUGAUGAUUGAUACCCUUAUGUUUAAUGAUUGUUGUAUGAUUUGGACUGAUAUGUAAUUGGAACUGGGAAACCGACGAAUUCGGUGGCGUGGAUAACCGUUAUGGUUAUGCUAAGAUUGAAACUACCAAGGCAAGCGAUUAGAUACUUUAUGAAGCACGGCAGAUAGAUUCAAUGCAAGACAUCCGUAUUUAUU